AUGCAGUACAAGGUCGCCGCCGCUCUCUUCUUCUCUACCCUGGCCCUGGCUGCCCCGGCUCCUCAGGAGACCAGCUCCUCCAGCGUCACCAACUCCGACUCCGACUCCGACAGCGCUCUCCAAGCUGCCUACGCCAACGUCCCCAGCUCCAUCCUGACUGUUCUGGAGACCGCCAUCCCCGCGUCAUGGUACAACGAGCUCGCCAACCCCACCUCGGAGUCCAAGAUCAUCGCCGACAUCGAGGCUGGAACUAUGCCCGCUUGGUAUAACAAGUUGCCCGCCAGCGUUAAGGAAUGGGCUAGCACUGCCGACCUUUUCGACUAUGCUGCUGCCACAACUGCUGCCGAUGCCGACUCUACCGCCACUGCUACCGCUCAGGUUAAGUCUGCCGCUGGGGCUGGUUCGACUGGCGCUGUUGAGACCAAGUCUGCUGCUGAGACUACUGCAGCAUCCAGCAAGUCCAACUCCGACUCGGCCUCUACUUCUGCCGCCUCAGGUUCUGCCUCUGCUUCCGCCACUGCAGCCUCCUCCACCUCCACCGGUGGUGCUCCCAUCGCCACUGGCAGUGUUGCCAUGAGCCUUGCUGGUGCCGCUGGCUUGCUGGGUCUCGUUAUUGCUCUCUAG